GCCGCUUCACCAGCUUCGAGCAGGUGGCGCAGCUGAGCGCCGCAGCUCGCGGUCUGGCCGCCUCGCUGCUCUUCCUGCUUCUGGUCAAGGCCGCACAGCAGCUGCGCUUCGUGCGCCAGUGGUCGGUUUUCGGCAAGACGCUAUGCCGGGCCCUGCCGGAGCUGGUGGGGGCCACCGUGGGCCUGGUGGCGCUCGCCGUGGCCUACACCCAGCUGGCCGUUCUGCUGGUGUCGUCCUGCGUGAAUUCGUUUCGGAGUGCGGCCCAGGCCCUCUUGGUGCUGUGCCCUGGGUCCGGGGCUCCUGCCCUGUGCCCUACUGAAUCCUGGCGCCUGUCCCCGCUGCUGUGCACGGGGCUCUGGGCCCUGCGGCUGUGGGGGGCCCUGAGGCUGGGAGCAGUCCUUCUGCGGUGGCGGUACCAUGCUCUGCGUGGGGAGCUCUACCGACCAGCCUGGGAGCCACAGGACUAUGAGAUGGUCGAGCUCUUCUUACGCAGGCUGCGCCUCUGGAUGGGCUUCAGCAAGGUUAAGGAGUUCCGCCAUAAAGUCCGCUUCGAAGGGAUGGAGCCGCUGCCUUCCCGCUCCUCCAGGGGCUCCAAGUCUUCCCCAGAUGCACCGCCCCCCAGCGGGGGCUCUGACACCUCACGGCCCUCCACCUCCUCCAGCCAGCUGGACACGCUGAGUGGGGGCCUGGGCCGGCUGGGGCCACGGGGGGAGCCCGAGCCCUCGCGGCUCCAAGCCGUGUUCGAGGCCCUCCUUACCCAGUUCGACCGACUGAACCAGGCCACAGAGGACGUCUACCAGCUGGAGCAAAGGCUGCAGAGCCUGCAGGGCCGCAGGAGCACUGGUCCCCCAGCCUCCCCUCCCCGCAGCCCCUCCUCAGACCUGCGGCCAGCCCUGCCCAGCCGUCUUGCCCGGGCCAGCCGAGGCAUGGGCCUGGCUACUGGCCCCAGCAGGGCUUCCCUGCGGGCUAAGAACAAGGUCCACCCCAGCAGCACUUAACCCCUGGGCCCUGGGCUCAUAGCCCUUCCCUGGGGUGGGUCUGUGGCUUCACUCCGGCUUCUUGAAGGAGCCGGAGCAGACACCGCUCAGUAUUAACUUCUGCCGCCCUCAAGGUCUCGGGCCAGGCAGGAGAGCUGCACGAAGGUCCCCCUGGGAGGAGGCAGCCGCUGUCUCUCUCUGGGGGGGCUCUCAGCACUUUAAAGAGGCCAUGUGGGCAGCCAGGACCCAGGGUCCCCUCCCCAGCUCCCCAUGGGAGGACACAGCAGUAUUGGGCCAAGUGCCCAGCCUCUGAGACGCUAAUUUAUUACCGGAGUCCUCAGGUACAGCGGGCUGUGCCCGGCCCCACCUCCUGGGCAGACAUCUCCCCUUUGCUAAGGAUCCAGGCUUCGGGGAGGGAACCUGCCCCUCCCGUGGUCUUCCCCACUAAGUUAUUACCUCUCCUAUGCCCCUGCUGAGUGCACUCCCCUUCUGCUGCCAUGUGUGUGUCUAUCGUCAGUAAUUUAUAUGGGGUUAAAAUGUAUAUAUUUUUGUACGUCGCUCUAUUUUUCACUAGGGCCAAGGGCCCCGCUAGCUGAAGCAGCCCAGUGCCCACGGGCACCCACGUUGAGGGGCAGUGGGGACGGCAGAGCAGGCCUCCCUCCCGCCUGACCGGAAGGCCAGGGCCGGCCUGGGACAGGUGCUGAGAGGGGAGGCUUGUUAGAAGGGCCCAGUCCCCUCCUAGGCAGUUCUGUUUCCCACCCCCCCCAGGGGCCUUGUUCUGUGCCCGAGGCUGCGCGGCAAGAAGGCAGGGCCCAGACCUGCUGGUGUCAGGUCUGGGUGAGGAGCAGGACGAGGGCAAGAACAAGGUGGUCAGGUGGAAAGAGCCCUCCCCGGGGGCUGGCUCUUGGGGCUGGGGCAGGUGAGCACAGGACCGUGUGUGAUGGCGUGAGUGGCCCAGACAGGCCCCGUACCACGGCUGGGGGGGGGGCGCAGGGGGACCUUGCCCAAGCUAUAGCCUUGAUUCCAUCCCCACCGGACAAAGUCAAAUAAACCAGCUGGCUGACUGCAUCUGUGUGAGCCACGCGGGCCAGGAG